GCUGGCCGGCCGGUUUGAGUUGCAGUAGCUGCGAGUCGGCAGUGCAGAGUCCAUUGCAAGGCGGCGUCAGGGGCCAUACUGUCCAGUGAAGAGGCUGUGUUCCUAGAUUUAAAACAGUCUCAAGCUAUUGCUGUGAUUGAUCUUCCUUUUUCUGGCCUGAAAGACAUUCAGGGAACGAGGAAGAGAUGGCAGUUUCUUGGGGCUCAGUGACCUAUGAAGAUGUAACUGUGAUAUUCACUCAAGAGGAGUGGGCACUAUUGAAUCCUUCAGAGAAGAAACUCUACAGAGAUGUGAUGUGUGAAAACUUGAGGAACUUUCUUUCACUAGAAAAUGUACAAGAACAUUCCACCAAAGAGCAGCCUAAGUUGCAUGGGAGUAAACAAAGUAAUACAGCAGUGAAAAUCUCUGAGGGGAAUGUUAGUCAGAAUGGUAGAAAAUCUCAAGAAUGUGAAGUAUACAACAAAUUAUUCACUUAUUCCAUUCAUCUUCAACCACAUGAAAGAAUUCGUAGUGGAGAGAAACCAUAUGAAUGUAAACGAUGUAUUAAUACAUUCAGUUGUUCCAGUAGUCUUCAGACACAUGAAAGAAUUCACAAUGGAGAGAAACCCUAUGAAUGUAAACUAUGUAGUAAAACGUUUAGUUAUUUUAGUAGUCUUCGGUCACAUGAAAGAACUCACAGUGGAGAGAAACCCUAUGAAUGUAAACUCUGUAGUAAAACAUUCGGUUGUUCCAGUAGUCUUCGUGCACAUGAAAGAAUUCACAGUGGGGAGAAACCCUAUGAAUGUAAACUGUGUAGUAAAACAUUCAGUUGUUCCAGUAAUCUUCGGGAACAUGAAAGAAUUCACAGUGGAGAAAAACCCUAUGAAUGUAAACUGUGUCUUAAAACAUUCAGGCAAUCCAGUAGUCUUCGGGCACAUGAAAGAAUUCACAGUGGAAAAAAACCCUAUAAAUGUAAAUUAUGUAGUAAAACAUUCAGUUCUUCUAGUAAUCUUUGGAUACAUGAAAGGAUGCACAAUGGAGAGAAACCCUAUGAAUGUAAACUGUGUAGUAAAACAUUCAGUUUUUCCAGUAGUCUUCAGAGACAUGAAAGAAUUCACAGUGGAGAGAAGCCCUAUGAAUGUAAACUAUGUAGUAAAACAUUCAGUUGUUCCAGUAGUCUUCAGAGACAUGAAAGAAUUCACAGUGGAGAGAAGCCCUAUGAAUGUAAACAGUGUAGUAAAACAUUCAGUUGUUCCAGUAAUCUUCAGACACAUGAAAGAAUUCACAGUGGAGAGAAACCCUAUGAAUGUAAAUUAUGUAAGAAAACAUUCAGUUGUUUCAGUAAUCUUCGGACACAUGAAAGAACUCACAGUAGAGAGAAGCCCUAUGAAUGUAAACAAUGUAGUAAAACAUUCAGUUAUUCCAGCAGUCUUCGGACACAUGAACGAAAUCACAGUGGAGAGAAACCCUAUGAAUGUAAACUAUGUAGUAAAACAUUCAGUUCUUCUAGUAAUCUUUGGACACAUGAAAGAAAUCACAGUAGAGAGAAGCCCUAUGAAUGUAAACUAUGUAGUAAAACAUUCAGUUGUUCCAGUAGUCUUCGGACACAUGAACGAAUUCACAGUGGAGAGAAACCCUAUGAAUGUAAACUUUGUAGUAAAACAUUCAGGCAAUAUGGUCAUCUUCGGACACAUGAAAGAACUCACAGUAGAGAGAAACCCUAUGAAUGUAAACUAUGUAGGACAACAUUCAGUUGUUCCAGUCAUCUUCAGACAUAUGAAAGAGCUCACAGUGCAGAGAAGCCCUAUGAAUGUAAACAAUGAAGUAAAGCAUUCAUGGAGUCUAGUUCUCUUCAGUUACAUGAUAGAACUCACAGUGGAGAGAAAGAAACCUCAUGUAUGUAAACAAUGUCAAACAUUAAUUUAAAUCAAUGUACUUUGGAGACGUUAUAGAUCUCACAGUGGAGAGAAAACGAGUGAAAGUAAACAGCAAAGCAUUGAUUCAGGCCAGUCAUCUUCGUCAACAUGAAAGAACUCAGAAUGGAGAGAAAUUUGAUAAAUGUAAGCAGUGUUGAAAACAUUGUUAUUCUAGUCCUCUUUGUAGACAUGAAAGAAUUCACAGUGAAACAAAACCCCAAGAAAGUCAUCAGACUAUCAGAUGUUCCAUUAAUUUUCAAGCACAUGAAAAUAUUCACAAUGGAAAUCAAAUCUUUUGAGCAUAAACUGUACUAAAGAUUAGAGGGAUGCAACCUGAUGCUGUGGCUUGUGGUUCAAUAUAAUAAUAGCUCUCAGGUGUGAGCCUGUGCACUACACGGGCUAGAGAUGUGUUCUGUUUUUAUUGUCUCUGUAUCUCUCCAUGUCUCCAUCUUGUGUUAAUAUAUAAGGAAAUAUAUCUAAAUAAUUGUAGGAAUCACAGGGCCAUGUGAACCCAUACCUCUGAAUAUUCUAUAAAUAUAUGGAAUAUGAGUAAGUACUUUGACUCUGUCAUAAGUCCUAAUAUAUGAAAAAAAUCCACUUGAUACUGAAAACUUAGAUGUCAACAAUGCUUAGAUGUAUUCAAAUCAAUAAGACAUUUCUGCACAUAUAAAGUCACUGGCAUUAGAAAAACAAUUCUUAUCAGUGUAGACAUUGUAGAAUCACAUUACAGAUCUAGUAAGGAACUUGUACUGGAGAGACCAGUGAAUGUUAAACAGUGGAAUAAUAAUGGAUGCUACAAUAUGUGAAUCUUUAUUUUCUUUUUGCAGAAAUUGUAUCUGUCUAGUUGAAAAGUACCUAUUCUCUCUAAAUUUCUCUUUUUAUUCUUUGUAUUUCAAAUACAUUUAUUUUAUUUGGUAAGCCAGAGAGAAAUUGACUGGGAGGUAGUAGUAAGGAAAGACAGACACUUUCACCACUGCCUCCCAGCCAGUGAAAGGUUUUGCUCUACAUGUGGACACUGUGAGCUUUUACCCAUGUCCUAAUUCAUGGUAUCUAAUUUUGAUUAUCAAGGUGCAAGUUGUGAAACAGUGCUGCAGAUGUCUUGCCCCCUCUCCCCCCUUCUCUGUUGAUUUUUUUCUAUCCUA